AUGUUUCCCAGCCCCAGCAGCACGUCCACUCCCUUCUCUGUAAAGGAUAUAUUAAACCUGGAGCACACUCAUGACGUUAUGGUGUCUUCUCUGGACGUUUCUUCUCGUAUGGACUGCUGCACCGUGUCGACCUCCUCCUCUUCCUCCUCCUCCUCCUCCUCCUCCUCCUCCUCCUGCAUGCUGGCGGCCCGCCUGAAGCAGGAGCCUCUCCGGGACAUGUCGUCCACCGCCGCCGCCUCGCUGUUUGGGGAAGACCUCCACGAGUCCAGAGCCGGCAGAGGCAAUGCACUCAACUUUGCCACUGCCUUUUAUGGGAAACCCCUCAUGGAGAUGGAUAUAGUUAAGGAUGGGAAACCAGACGCGUUUGAGGGGAAACGUAGAAAAGAGGAGUUUAGUCCUCAAACCGAGCCCGUGGAGGACCUAAAACCCGACGACCCAGACCGAGCCAAGCCUCGGAGACGCAGAAAGCCUCGGGUCCUCUUCUCGCAGGCGCAGGUGUACGAGCUGGAGCGCCGCUUCAAGCAGCAGAGAUACCUGUCCGCCCCGGAGAGAGACCACCUGGCCGGGGUGCUCAAACUCACCCCGACCCAAGUCAAGAUCUGGUUCCAGAACAGGAGGUACAAGUGCAAGCGGCAGAGGCAGGACCAGAGCCUGGAGAUGGUGUCUCUGCCGCCGCCCAGGAGGGUGUCGGUGCCGGUGCUGGUGCGGGAUGGGAAGCCUUGCCUGGCUGCAGACACAGCCACCUACAACCCCUCGUAUAAUAUGGGCCACAUCGGUCAUUUCUCUUAUAACAACUAUCCAGCUUUCAGUAACUACACCGGCCCCGGCUGCAACACAAACUAUGCGUGUAAUUACCCUGCAGCCACGAUGCAAACCAUGCAGGGAACCUCCAGCAACGGGAACUACAUGAACUUUGGGGUAGGGGACCUGAAUACUGUCCAGAACACGUUUUCCUCCAGUAACGGGGUGUCUUCGUUACAUGGCAUUAGGACAUGGUAA